AUGGCGACAGAGUGGGAUGACAAGGCCAACGCGUUGUUUCAGGAGCAAAGCAUUGACGAGAUCGCCGCCGCUCAUGGCAAGCUUGUGUACGUCCAAGUUGCUCCAAUUGCCGGUGGCAGCUCAUGUCGUCGCCUGCCACGAGCCUCGCAGGCCUCAUGGUUGUUGUGCUUCUUCAACUCGAUUCCGUCUAGGAAUGAUAUCAACUCCAAGAAACAAGACCUACGUCAGAUGGUCGGGCAACGUUAUCGCGAGCUACUGCAGGCCGCCAAUGAUAUCAAGGACAUGGCUGCAACUUCCGCCCAAACGAUGGCCGGCGUGCAAUUCCUGCAGCAACACUGCGAUCAGUUGCUGGGCACCCCACUGCCCUUUUUCAAUGCCUCAUCCGAGGGAACCAAGCUGCAGCACACCGUUCCCCUUUACGCGCUGGCCGUCCAAGUAAAGCUCCUCCUAAAAGGGCCCGAGAAACGCAACCAAAGUGCUCUACAGCACUUUCCCAUCAUCAAGAGCAGCAGCGCCUCGCUUGGCCGCAUGGACGCGGACAUUGUGCAGCACUUGGAGCGCGUGAUGGAGCAGGGUGGUGUCAAUGCCGAGCGCUUGGUCUCUGCCCUGCUGGCCUGGCAAUGUUGUACACAAUCGACGCCAGACGCAGCCUUGACGCGGUUCCUGAGCCUUCAAACUCAAGGCAUUGUGCUUCGUGCGCAAUCUGCACUUCAAGACGCGACCAUCAAUAGCCGUGAUGCCAUGCAUCGCAUAUCCAUGUCCGUCUUCGAUGCCAUCGACAUCCUGUACCACGUGGUUCUUCGUCCCGAGGACGACGGUGAAACUGCUUCAGACGUCAAAACAGCAGCCGAGCGCUGCGCCAGUCAACUUUUGACUGGCGCCAAAGUCCGCGAUUACAAGGAUUUUAUGGACGUGGCCGAUGUGGCCUCUUACACCUGGAGUGCUGAGCGGGUGGACAAUUACGACUACGGGCUCGUGUCGACCGAGUCGGGACCAGGUUCACAGAACAAAAUGGAUCUGAAGACGAGUUGUAGCUUGGCUGCGCAUGGCUUGUAUGCGGACGUCGCGCAUGCCUUGACUGCCUUUGAAGCCCAGCUCAUGGCCAUUGCCACCGAAUCAGAGGAGAUCUACGCCAACAAACAAAGCGAUGCGGAGACCAUACUUUUGCAACUUCGGGGUGAAUCAAACACUGCCGAUUUGACACAACAACAAGCUCACUGGCACUUUUUGCACGCUGAGGCCCUGCGGUCAGUGACUUUUGCAAUGCCCAUCUUGUACAGCUGCUGCAAGAACGCCCGCUGA